GAAGGAAGUGAAAUCUGUCUCGUGAAGCAGCAGGUGAAGAAGAGAAAGAAGGAAAGGAGAGAAAAUAAAAGCUCACUCUUUCUCUCCAUUCUUCUUCUUCCUUCUUCUUUCUCUCUCUAAAAACUCUAAAACUUUCUCUCUCUAAACCACUCACGAGAUCCCCAUCCCUUUCCUUUCUCUCUCCUCUUCUUCAUGUCUUCUUCUUCUUCUUCUUCUUCAACAAACCCAUUUUUCACUACGAACUACACACAUUGCUAACACUCUCUUUGUGUUUUCUUUUUCUCUUCAGAGAGAGAAAAGAUUCAAUCUUUCUACAAAACCCAUUUCGGAAAAUCAACAAAAUGUCACAUUCACCAGAAAAACCCGAACCAGAAAAGCCUGAACCGGAGUUAGACCAAUUUUCCGAUCGGUUUCGUCAAACUGUCACUUUAGAAGCUAACAAACCGGAUUUCCGUGAACUCGAUCUGGGUUCACCUGUUUCACCAUUGAGGACACGUGGCGGACCGUCGGUAAGUAGUAGUUCAGGUUCUUCUGGAUCUUUCUCCGGUGGUGGUGGUGGUAGAAUCGGGUCUAACCCAGUUUCCAAAAGAUCCGAUUCAGCUCCGAGUAAAGAUAAUAAUAACUCCGGUGAACUUUCUGGUUCGAGUGAAAACUCUCCGACUGCGGAUAGAUCUACUGGGAAUGUGAGAGGAACGAAACCGGGUCAUACGAGAUCCAAUUCAGGAUCCGGGUUGUUACAUUCGGGUCAAACGGUGAACUCUCCGCCGUUGAAUGUUCUUCCUACAGGAAACAUUUGUCCUUCCGGGAGGAUCUUGAAAACUGGUAUGGCGGCGAAUCGGAGUUCGAGAAGUGAUGUUCUUGGUUCUGGAACUGGGAACUAUGGUCAUGGUAGUAUAAUGCGUGGUGGUGGUGUUGGAGUUGUUACCGGGAAGGUGGAGAGUAACAGUAUGAGAAGUGGCAUUGGAGGUGAUUUAGGAAAAAGGGGGGUGCAGAGUGUGGAUCCAGAAGAGUUGAAGAAAGCUGGGAAUGAGCAUUACAAAAAGGGUCAUUUUUCAGAUGCAUUGAGUCUUUAUGACCGUGCAAUUUCGAUGUCGCCGGGGAGUGCUUCUUACCGGAGCAACCGCGCCGCGGCGCUGACCGGUUUAGGAAGACUAGCUGAGGCUGUUAAGGAAUGUGAAGAGGCUGUUAGGUUGGAUCCUAAUUAUUCUAGAGCUCAUUAUCGUUUAGCUUCUCUUUUCAUCAGGUUAGGACAAGUUGAGAAUGCUAGGAAGCACCUUUGUCAUCCGGGAUUAACACCGGAUCCGACCGAGAUGCAGAAGUUGAAAAUGGUGGAAAAGCAUAUUAAUAAAUGUGCAGAUGUUAGGAGAGUAGGAGAUUGGAAAAGUGUUCUGAGGGAACUUGAUGCUUCUGUUGCUGCCGGAGCUGAUUCUUCUCCUCAGCUCUUUAUGUGUAGAGCAGAAGCCCUCUUGAAACUACAUCAAAUUGAUGAUGCAGAAUCAGUUUUGUUACAUGUUCCGAAAUCGGAGCCACGUGGUAAUAGUAAUAAUACAUCUUCUCAAGCAAGAUUUUUUGGGAUGAUUUCGGAAGCAUAUUCCUACUUUGUCAAAGCUCAAAUUGAGAUGGCAUUGGGAAGGUUUCAGAAUGCAGUCACAGCUGCUGAGAAGGCGAGUCAAAUUGAUUCCCGAAAUCUUGAAGUUGCUGUUUUGGUUAACAAUGUAAGGAUGGUGGCAAGAGCUCGAGUUCGUGGCAAUGAUCUUUUUAAAUCUGAACGGUUCACUGAAGCUUGUUCGGCAUACGGGGAAGGUUUGAGAUUAGACCCUUCUAAUUCUGUUCUAUAUUGCAAUAGAGCAGCGUGUUGGUUUAAGCUUGGUCAAUGGGAAAAAUCAAUCGAAGACUCUAAUCAAGCUCUACGUAUCCAGCCAAAUUAUACAAAAGCUCUUCUUCGAAGGGCUACAUCAAACAGCAAGCUGGAGAGGUGGGAAGAAGCAGUAAAAGAUUACGAGGUCUUACGGAAAGAACUUCCAAAUGACAAUGAAGUUGCUGAAGCUCUUUUUCAUGCACAAGUUGCACUAAAGAAAUCUCGUGGAGAAGAAGUAUAUAAUUUAAAAUUUGGUGGUGAAGUGGAACAAGUAUCGGGUCUUGAGCAGUUUAGAUCUGCAAUAUCUUUACCAGGUGUUUCUGUUGUCCAUUUUGAAGUUGCUUCUAACUCACAAUGUAAGCAAAUAUCACCAUUUUUGGAUACACUAUGUGGUCGGUAUCCAUCUAUUAACUUCCUCAAGGUGGAUAUUCAAGAAAAUCCGACAGUUGCAACUGCUGAGAAUGUUAGAGUCGUACCAACUUUCAAGAUAUACAAAAACGGAAGCAGAGUGAAGGAAAUCAUAUGCCCUAGUCGUGACAUGUUGGAACACUCAGUGAGGCAUUACAGCAUUUAGAAUUCAUCAUCACUUGUAAUACUUCUCUCUUGUCAUCUGCCUGCAUUUUUCCUUCUCACGGUCCCCAAACUGCUACUUAAACUCUCUACUAGUCCCCACAGUUCUUCCAGUCUUUUGAUCCCACCAUGAAACUAUCACCACCCGAUACCUGUGACAUAGUAAAAAAACCAGACAAUAAUCUCGUUAGCAUCAUUGAAUGCCGUUGGAACCUUAGAGGUAGUAGUCAAGUUCCUUUUGGAGUUUUUAUUUUAUUCAUUCAUUCCUCAUUGCUCUAUGGUUCCAUAUAUGUUCCAAUGUUUCUUCCCAACUCCCUUGAUCAAUUUUCUUGUAUCCCCAGUUUCUUUCUUUAAGGUAAAAAAAUGUGUUAUGUCUGUACAAUUGAUUUCAUAUGAGAUUUUAAAUUGCUUUUUAAGAUAGAAAAAUAUAGAGAUAUAGACAAAAGGGAGUGGAAGGUGUUGUGCUAGUUAUAUAGAGGGGGAUCUGUAAUUCUGUACAUGUAUAUAUGUGAUGAUAUAUACACUAGACAAUGGAAGGAAGCCUUUGAGGGGAGAUAGGUUAAGUGGUGGGUGGGGGUAUUGUUUCUUUCUUUCUUUUUCUUUACCCCUUUCUGUCUUGGCCAUUUAAUCAAUAAAAGUUCAGUUCCUAUUUUUUAAAA